UCCCAUUUUCAGCAAGUCAAGCUAAAAAGACGAGGAAGGAGAAAGAAAAAGCUCCCCGCUUCACUAAAAAGGGUCUUCCUUUUUCCCUGACCAAAGCAAAGGUCUUUUCUUUUCACACUUUCUUGGACAACCACAAAGGCCAAAGCCACAUUCUUCUCUCACUCACUCUCUCUCUCUCCUUUUCUGCCUCUUUCUCAACCCUUCAUUGGUGGCUUUUUAACAAGCUCGGAAACAGAAAAACAACCUCUGGCACCGAAACCAACACCCAAAGACCCACCAAAACUGGAAGACACGAGGUAGAGAAAAGAAGAACACGAAGAAGUUAACAAAAAAAAAAAAAUGGCAAGAGAGAAGAUUCAGAUCAAGAAAAUUGAUAACGCUACAGCUAGGCAGGUGACGUUUUCCAAAAGGAGAAGAGGGUUGUUUAAGAAAGCUGAGGAGCUCUCUAUUCUCUGUGAUGCAGAUGUUGCUCUCGUCAUUUUCUCAUCUACUGGCAAGCUUUUUCAGUAUGCUAGCUCAAGCAUGAAGGAGAUAUUAGAGAGGCACAACUUGCACUCAAAGAACCUUGAGAAGCUGGAACAACCAUCUCUUGAGUUGCAGCUUGUAGAGAACGGCAACCAGUCCAUGCUGAGUAAGGAAGUAGCUGAGAAAAGUCAUCAGCUGAGGCAAAUGAGGGGUGAGGAACUCCAAGGAUUAAGUAUUGAAGAACUACAGCAGCUAGAAAAGUCUCUGGAAUCUGGAUUGAGCCGUGUGAUAGAGAAAAAGGGUCAAAAGAUUAUGAGAGAAAUCAAUGACCUUCAAAGAAAGGGAAUGCAUUUGAUGGAAGAAAACGAACGAUUGAAGCUGCAAGUGUUGCAGAUAUUCAAUGGCCGAAAACAAAUUGCUAGUGAUUCAGAGAUUGUGUUUGGCGAGGAUGGCCAGUCAUCAGAGUCUGUGACCAACGUUUGUGCCUCUAAUGGAACUCCACAUGACUAUGAAAGCUCCGAUACGUCCUUGAAGCUAGGGUUGCCAUAUUCUGGUUAAUUGCGAAAGGUUGGAGGAGAUCAACUUGCUAGCAAGAUAUAAUUGACUUGAAAUUAAUGAAAUGCAAAGCUAACCUCUUGAUGUAUGUGGGUAUAAAAGUUUAAUGUGUAACUUUGAAAGACCAAAUUUGGAACAUGAUACUUGGCUUAAAGCACUCAAUGGCCUCCCUUUCCUAUCCUCCUAAUUGUAGUAUCUCGUAAUUAAAGCAACUCAUCCAAAAAUCUUAGCUUUGCCAAGGCACUCUGUUAAUUCAUCCUGCUAAGCAACUAUGGUGCUGUGGCAUUGGCACUGGAUAACUGAACAUCAUGUAAGAUAUAAUUAUGAAUAUAUUUAUUGAUAAUUACGUUUUCCUUCUGAAAUUAUUAGAACUAAA